CAUUUUGGAUUAGCGGAUAAAAGGAAUAUCCCUUCUCCUUCUAUUGUAACUGACCCCAAGCCAAAACCUUCACAGUUCACCCUCUCUCUCUCCGUCUCUCAUCAGACGCAUCAUCCUUCAUCACAGCAGCUUCCAGAAUUCUCUGCUCAUCUUACACGGUGUAUUUGAAUAUCAGAUAGAGGAAGCAAACAUCGAUGGCGCAUUUGCUUUCAACUUCGUAUUCUGUAAAAUUCUCCUCUGGCUGUAAACCUUCCACAAAACCAUUGAUCCAAGACUCGGUUGUAUUUCCCAAGUCUGUUACUUUUCAGACAUCCAAAACCCCAUUUACAAGGCUCCUCUUGCAAGCGCAGAGGUCACGAAGAAACUGCACAGUGUGUGCUACCACGCUCUCUGCAAGUCGGGAAGCCUCAAAUGAACCCAGUCAGGUGGUGCAUCAGAGUUCUAGUGAACCAUCCAAAUCAAAGAGGGUCAUGGUCAUUGGUGGAGAUGGCUACUGUGGUUGGGCCACAGCCCUUCACCUGUCCAAGAAAGGUUAUGCGGUUGCCAUUGUUGACAGCCUUGUCCGUCGUCUAUUUGACCAACAGCUUGGUAUCGAUUCCUUGACUCCAAUCUCCUCCAUCCAUGAUCGUCUCCGUUGUUGGAAAGCUCUCACUGGAAAAUCUAUUGAACUCUACAUUGGUGAUAUCUGUGACUUUGAGUUCUUAACAGACGCCUUCAAGUCGUUUGAGCCUGAGGCUGUCGUUCAUUUUGGGGAACAGCGGUCAGCUCCUUAUUCCAUGAUUGAUCGGUCAAGAGCAGUAUAUACUCAGAAUAACAACGUGAUUGGAACCCUUAAUGUGCUAUUUGCUAUAAAAGAGUUUGGAGAGCAGUGUCAUCUAGUCAAGCUUGGGACUAUGGGAGAAUACGGAACUCCAAAUAUUGAUAUCGAGGAGGGUUACAUAACAAUUACUCAUAAUGGAAGGACAGAUACUUUGCCCUACCCCAAGCAAGCAAGCUCUUUCUACCAUUUGAGUAAGGUUCAUGAUUCAAACAACAUAGCCUUUACUUGCAAAGCUUGGGGGAUUAGAGCCACUGACCUCAAUCAAGGAGUAGUAUAUGGUGUGAUAACAGAUGAAACUGAGAUGCAUGAAGAGCUAAUUAACCGGUUGGACUAUGAUGGAGUGUUUGGAACUGCAUUAAAUAGGUUCUGCGUUCAGGCUGCUGUUGGCCAUCCGCUUACCGUGUAUGGCAAAGGUGGCCAGACCAGGGGAUAUCUUGACAUACGAGAUACAGUCCAAUGUGUUGAGAUUGCCAUUGCAAACCCAGCACAGGCUGGUGAGUUUCGGGUCUUCAAUCAAUUUACUGAGCAGUUUUCUGUCAAUGAACUUGCUGCGCUUGUUACAAAAGCUGGAGAGAAGCUUGGACUUGAUGUGCAGACUACAUCAGUGCCAAACCCAAGAGUUGAAGCGGAGGAGCACUACUACAAUGCCAAGCACACCAAACUUAUUGAGUUGGGACUUAAACCUCACAUUCUUUCCGACUCUCUUUUGGAUUCUUUGCUCAAUUUUGCCAUUAAAUAUGAGGAUCGUGUAGACAAAAAGCAGAUCAUGCCCAGUGUUUCUUGGAGGAAAAUUGGGGCCAAGCCGAAAACUGUUGCCGCAUAGUUAGAGAGUAGAUGUCAUAUAGCUGUAUACGUAUGUUAAGGAUACCAUUGAUCUUUGUAUUAUCUAUCUUCUCAGUUAGUUGCUAGUUUUGCAACUUCUACCUUUUUAUAAAAUGUGUGCGGUCAGUGAUUGCUCA